AACGUUAAAUACCUGGAAAAAUAGUUCCUGGUCAAAUAUCAAGUAGUUUACAGAACACUGUUCGAGUGGACUUACUGCCCUACAUGUUUAGAAUAAAUUCAGACAUGUGUAGUUGGUGAACAUGGAGGCCGGGUGUCAUAUAUAGAACACAUGGAGGAGGAGUUAUAAAGCGUUAUAACGGAAGCGUCCUUCAGCCGCGGGUUCUGGUCCGAUGACAGAUCCUUCCCACAGUAACACAGCGGACAUGGCCGCGUCCACCGGAGGAUCAUCCACCGCGGGCAUCCAGGGGUUCCCCAUCAUAACCGGCAGGCCCCCGGAGGACAGCACCGGUAAGGACCCGGAGCAGACCGGAGAACCUAAGAAAAAGCCGUGCAGGGCUUGUACCGACUUCAAGUCGUGGAUGAAGGUCCAGAAAACGCCACAGGCGGCCCCAGCUGAGCAUGUGGAGCCCCAGCAGCAGCCGGAGUGUCCGCUGGACAGGGAAGAGUUAGGGCGUAACACCUGGUCCUUCCUGCACACCAUGGCAGCUUACUACCCAGACCGGCCCUCCCCCAGACAGCAGACAGACAUGGGACAGUUCAUCAACCUCUUCUCUAAGGUCUUCCCCUGCGAGGAGUGUGCUGAGGACCUGCGGACAAGGCUGAAGACCAAUCAGCCAGACGCCAGUAGUCGCCACGCCCUCUCCCAGUGGCUGUGUGGCGUCCAUAACGACGUCAACGCUCGGCUGGGGAAGCAGCCGUUUGACUGUUCCCUCGUGGAUGAGAGGUGGAGGGACGGUUGGAAAGAUGGCAGCUGUGACUGAUUCAUUACUGUUACCUGGGAACUGAGAGAUACAGGACACGUCUAUUCACAUCCUGUUCCCUGUAUAGUAGCGUUUAGGGAACUAUCUGGCAUCUGACACAGAGACUAUGUUCUAUAUUCUGAUUGGCUACGGAUCUACAUGAUGCUCACUAUCAAUCUGUUGUCCAGUGCUUUCAGAAAGUAUUCAUACCCCUGGACUUAUUACACAUGUUGUUGUGUUACAGCCUGAAUUCCACAUGGAUUACAUACCCCAUAAUGACAUCACAAUACCCCAUAAUGACAUCACAAUACCCCAUAAUGACAUCACAAUACCCCAUAAUGACAUCACAAUACCCCAUAUUGACAUCACAAUACCCCAUAAUGACAUCACAAUACCCCAUAAUGACAAAAGUGAAAACAGGUUUUUAGAAAUGUAUUGAAAAUUAAAUACAGAAAUAUCUAAUUUUACAAGUAUUCACACCCCUGAGUCAGUACAUGUUAGAAUCAUCUUUGGCAUCGAUUUACAGCUGUGAGUCUUUCUGGGUAAGCUUUGUGGGUAAUUCUCUAAGAACUUUACACACUUGGAUUGUACAAUAUUUGUACAUUAUAUUUUUUGCAUGUUUUGGAAUACGUAUCUGUAUUGGGAAGCAGACAACCAGGUUUUCCUCUGGGAUUGUGUCUGUGCUUCACUCUAUUCCGUUGAUUUCUAUCCUAAAAAACUUCCCUAGUCCUUGCCGAUGACAAGCAUACCCAUAACAUGAUGCAGCCACCUCAUCUUUGAAAUUAUGAAGAGUGGUACUCAGUGAUGUUGUGUUGGAUUUGCCCCAAACAUAACGCUUUGUAUUCAGGACAUAAAGUUAAUUUCUUUGCCACAUUUUUGCAGUUUUACGUUAGUGCCUUGUUGCAAACAGGAUGCAUGUUUGGAAUAUUUUUAUUCUGUACAGGCGUCCUUCUUUUCACUCUGUCAAUUGGGUUAGUAUUGUGGAGUAACUACAAUGUUGUCCAUCCUCGUUUUUCUCAUAUGAUCACAGCCAUUAAACUCGAACUGUUUUGCAGUCGCCAUUGGCCUCAUGGUGAAAACACUGA